UCCUGAGCUCACUCACAGAGAGCCCGCUCUUCUGUUUCACACAGCGCUCGCCCACGACAAAAGGGGGGAUUUUCAAACAUCCUGAAUGAGAGGAUUGAGCUCGCUCUCGGCACACGCCGCAUCUGCACAGAAACUUUACGGGGCAAACUUACACGACGAAGAGGGCAAGCAGGGUUUUGGUUUUUGUGUGAGUGGGGAGAGAAAACAUCAGCUUGGCCUUGUUUUCAACAGCUGGAAGAGUGGUUCAGCAUGGGCUAGCAGCAACUUUUCGCAUAGAGCUGGAGCGUAUGGGACGAAGAGGUGGAGGAGGAUGACCGUUUACACACUCAACCUCAGGUUAUUUUGGCCGCUGGUCACUUGUAUCCUCACUGUUCUGCUGCUGCUGCACCAAUUCAUCUUCAAAGCUGCCGAGGACCAAGAGAACGACUGUUCUGACCAGGGACCUGGAGCCGUCUCGCUGUUAAAGUACAUCUUAGCUUUCAUCUUAUGUUAUUUCUUCAUUAGGUACUGCUCAACUCAGCCUGGAUCUUCAAAGAGGGGCUUCUACAAAUUUCCAGAGGUUCAUGCAAAAUCAGGAGUGUCUAGAAGAGAUCUGCUGGACGAUCACUAUGAGAGGCACGUGCGACUUUCUCCACAUGUACUGGGCCACAGCAAAGCUCACGUUGCCAAGCUGGUGAGUGAACUUGUGAGGGUGGGACGCACUGACGUCCCACCUGAGUCUUCUCUGGCCUUCCGAGGUGACCACGUGCAGGUUGGCAGCUCGUACGAGGAGCACAAGGUGGGCUCGCCUGACUGCUUUGACAUCCUGGUGCCUCUGCGGACCCCUCGUGGGCUGAAGCUGGAGGCUGGCAUUUGUGCAGGCAAACGUGGAGGGCCACCGCUGUGCACGCUGAACACCCCUCGCAAGGCGGAAUGGACGAGACGUCACAAAGCAUUCACGGACACAUUCAUGCAUGUACGCAAUGCACAAAGUGCAUGUAGGAUGAGUCCAGACUCGGUCCAGCGAUGGUUCUACACAGCCACACAGCGCUGCCUCGCCGCUGUACGUUACCCGUUUGAACAGCGCUGCUCCCUCAGCUUGUCUCUCGGCGAGGAGCAGCAGGUGUUGCUCCGAAUGACGCCCCGCUCCGAUUACGUCUGCUGCCACAUCUCCAUGGGCAUUCGACUGAUCCCAGCUUUUCCUCUAGGUGAUGGAGCCUUCUUGGUUGCAUCCCGACAUGCUCAGCGAGGGGAGGACCUCUGGACGGUGUAUUUUCCUAAGCAAGAGCAAAGACUUCUUUCAUUGCUCAAAUGCAGGCUGCCCUCUAACUCUUGUCAUCUGAAGUGCCUUCAACUGCUGAAAGAAGUGAGGAACCUAGGUGGGGAGACGUUGGACCAACAAUCUGGAGCUGACUGGGGCAGAGUGCUUUCUUCCUAUGCUUUAAAGACUGCUUGGCUUCGUCUGCUACACAGUACACCACCAGAGGCAUGGGAAGAGUGCAACCUUGUAGAUAGACUAGAUGAUCUCAUUCGCAGUCUAAAGGAGAGCCUACAGACUCGAGCCCUCUCCCAUUUACUCCUCGUAGGUGAUAAUGGGCUUCUGCCAGAGUCGAUUGCUCUGCCUAAACUCGUGAAGGAGAUGGUACCGUCCAACCUGUGGGCAGAAUUCAGUGAUGUCACCCUUGACAUGGUCUCCGCCAGACUUGUCUACUCAUGGAAUCACCUCCCUCGCCUAAUUCGCCUCGGACGGCCACAAAGGACGAGCCUGGGCAGAGGCGUCCACUGCAAAUAUAUAGAUGCAGAGUAAAGGCCAACUAGAACUGGUACUGCCAAACACACAUCUGCGGAUUGCUUGUUUAUGUAGCCUAAAAUUAAAUAUUAUUUCAAAAUAAUAAUAGCUGUCUUUAAAGGCAUAGUUUACUCAAAAAUUAUCUCAUCAUUUAUUCACCUUAAUGUCAUUCCAAACUUGUAAGACUUUUUUGCAGAACACAAAAAGUGUUUAGAAUAAUGUUGUUUACCAAACAAUUUGGGACCCCAUUGAUAGACACAAAACAACUGAGGCAUUUCUCAAAAUAUCUUUAUUUGUGUUCCACAGAAGAAAGAAACUCAUACGGAUUUUGAAUGACAUAAAGGUAAAUAAAUGAUGACAGAAUUUAUAUUUUUGGUUGAACUAUCCCUUUAAGCAUUCAUCAUUGUCUUUUUGAUUUCCAUUUGGAUCCAUUUGGAAACUGCAUCAAACCAAACAUCGGAAUGUCAUAAAAGUAAUACAAUACAAAGCACUAGAUUAUAGCACAACAGAAAAUUGAAAAAACCACGUUAAGACUUGAGUAUGAUACGUUUAGUUCAAGCUGUAGUUUGAAGGUGGAGCUUGUGAGCUGAGAGUCAUUAGGCCCGUGUUGACUCAGGGUGACCAUGAUGUAGUUAUGGGUAGUCAUUGAAGUGUCUGUGGGUAGUGAGCAGUCAAAACAGAUUAAACACCAAUGUUUUUCCACACCCCCACAGCAUAAUGCCAGUCAGAACAUCCUGUUAAAAGGGGAAAACUGCAGAGGGACCAAAAAUCUUUACAUUGCACAACAAGAUUAGCAAGAAGAUCAGAUUAAAUUAAAUCUUUGAUCCAGCUAAGUAAAACUCAUUAGUCUGAUCUUUUGAAAUUGUCUCUCAGUCCCAACUUUGUCCUUAUUUAUAAAUAAUUGAAGAGUAUUGUUUCAUAACUGUAACUCUUUCAGUGUUGCUUAAAUGAUACUUAAUGUUUCAUGCAUGAGUGGCAUAAUAAGUGCUUUAUUCCACCUCUGCUCAUUACCGUAAUGAGUAUAAGGCACUGUUGGUAUGACAUUGGCUUCACAUUAUGUUACAUGUCUACAGGGACCCCAGCAUGCAUGCACAUGAUGCAUACUAUCCCUCAGAGUGAUGCUUGUUGCUAUGGAGAAAUGCUACCUCAUCUUACGGUGGCUUUUGUUUUAAUGGUUGAUUGAAUUGCUUUUACUUUCAAAGAGGCAGCAGAGAUCAGUAUCGAUCUUUUGCAGGUACUUAGUGGCAAAGAAGUAGUUUGUUAUUCCCUGUCCUGAUUGAUCAAUGCAGACCUGUUCUUGCACAAAUCUGUUCACAUAACCUUGUCUUUCGUGUCAGACAGAUCUGUUUUAUGUCAUAAACCGCACAGGGAAAUGUUUGCGGUAUCUAAGCAAAAAAAAAGAGGUCUGUUGCCUAAAACCAGAACAAAAACUAUAAAACACGGAAACGAAACGAGAAAUGUUCUGAAAACAAGGCUUGACUGUAGUCCAAGUAAUAUGAAAAUGCAGAGUAACUAAUGCUGAAUGUAUGUAAAUUAAUGUAUAUUUUAUAUGUGAAUGUCGGUGUAAAAUAUUUUGUACUUGAUGUACAUGUAAAAUGUAAAUGAGAAUCAAUCUGUAUAUAUAUAUAUAGUAGAUAUAAUUUAUGUGUUUUAUGAUGCAUUGAAAUAUUAUAUUUUGGACUGCACAUGGUUUUGUUGCACAUUUGUCUUUUGUAAAAAUAAAAAUAAAAGGAUGUCAUUGUUCUGGAUUUAAACAAUUGGUUCCUUUUUGUUGUUCAGCAUGUUGACUUGUACAGAAUAACAGUAUUGUCCUUACACCAUCUGUGACCAAUGACCAUAUGUGUCUUUUUGUACUUGUGAGGACAUAAAGGGGAACUGAAAAUGAACAUCAAUGAGA